CAAUCACAAAUCAAAGUGAGUUUCAUUUCAUCAUUCCGAAGGCACAACAUUUUGGCUCUCUCUCUCUCUCUCUCUCUCUCUCUCUCUCUCUCGGCCAUUUUGGCUUUCUUCAACUCUAUCAGCGCUACCCUAGAAUUUUUAUCAAACUUAGAUCGGAGAUUGGAGAUCGGAGAUUGGAGAGGACGAAUUCCGUUUCACUCAUUCGCCGCUGGUUAAAACAAUUGCUUCGCUCAAAUCAGGUUUAUAUAUUUAUUUAUAUAUUCAGCUUUGAGUUAGCGCUCUCUUCUCAAAGUAUCAGCCGUCUCAUCGAUUACAGCAACCAUGUUUGGUUCUACUAACCCUUUUGGGCAGUCAUCUAGUAGCCCAUUUGGUUCUCCAUCAGUUUUUGGGCAGAACAACAAUGCCGCUAACAAUCCUUUUGCUCCCAAACCUUUUGGUAGCACAACUCCCUUUGGCUCCCAAACAGGGAGUUCUGUUUUUGGAGGCACUUCAACGGGUGUUUUUGGUGCUGCUACGCAAUCGUCACCCUUUUCUUCCACCACUGCCUUUGGUGCUUCACCUUCACCAGCUUUUGGAAGUUCAACACCAGCUUUUGGAGCUUCUUCUACACCUGCGUUUGGUGCUUCAUCGUCGUCAUUUGGUGGAUCUUCUGUAUUUGGUCAAAAGCCUGCUUUUGGAGCAUUUGGGUCCACUCCUACUCAAACAAGUCCUUUUGGAAGCACAGCUCAACCAUCACAGCCUGCAUUUGGGAGCAGUUUAUUUGGUUCCUCCACACCUUUUGGUGGUUCCAGUCAACCUGCGUUCGGUUCUACGAGCACCCCUGCCUUUGGCUCUAGCACACCUGCUUUUGGUGCUACGAGCACUCCUGCUUUUGGUGCUACCAGUACACCUGCUUUUGGUGCCACUAGUAGCACCCCAGCCUUUGGUGCUACUAGUUCACCAGCCUUCGGCGCUACAAGCACCCAAGCGUUUGGUGCUACAAGUUCCCCAGCAUUUGGUGCGACAUCUACUCCAGCUUUUGGUAGCACUGGGUCUACAUUUGGCGUUUCAAGUACGCCUUUGUUUGGCUCUGGGGGUGCCUUUGGUGCUUCAAGCACUCCUGCCUUUGGUGCCUCGAGCACUCCUGCAUUUGGUGCCUCAAGCACUCCAGCCUUUGGUGCUUCAACCACUCCUGCCUUUGGGGCUUCUAGUGGUCAGUCCUUCAGCUUUGCAUCCUCACCUGCUUUUGGCCAAUCAACUUCUGCCUUUGGCAGCAGCCCUUUUGGUGCGUCUUCUUCUCCUUUUGGUGCCCAGAGUUCAACCUUUGGAUCCCAGUCAACCACACCAACAUUUGGGAGCACUAGCUUUGGGCAGCAACCAGCCUUCGGUGGUCAGCAAGUGGGGAGUAGAGUUGCACCUUAUACACCAACACCUGAACCAGAUUCUGGCGGUAGUGGUACCAAUGCAACUGUUGGGAAAUUAGAGUCAAUAUCAGCUAUGGCUGUUUACAAGGAUAAAAGCCAUGAAGAAUUGAGAUGGGAAGACUAUCAGAAGGGAGAUAAAGGUGGACCUCUUUCUGCUGCCUCUCAGCCUCCUGUGAUGAACUUUAGCACUCCUGCUUCACAACCAAGUUCUUUGACUCCUUCACCAUUUGGCCAAUCAUCUUCAAGUCUGUUUUCUACCUCAACUUCUACCAACAUGUUUGGUCAAAAAGCUCCUUCAGCCUUUAAUAGUACAGGUUUUACAACCUCAUCUAACACAUUCAGCUCAUCACCAAACCUUUUCACCUCAACUUCGGCAGCACCUUCUGCGUUUGGAACAACAACAUCGUCUCUAUUUGCACCCAAUUCAUCUCCAUCUUUGUUUUCAUCAAGCUCAUCUGCUUUUACACCAUCAGCGUUUGGUGCUCAAGGUCAAGCAUCAGCUCCACAAUUUAAUUCUGGCCUUUUUAAUUCUACUCCACCUGGUCAAACGAACACUGCUUUUGGACAGUCUACCUCCUCUUUUGGCCAGAAUACAACUCCCGCUUUUCCACAGACAAAUAUAUUUAAUAAUCAGUCCAGUGCGUUUCCUAAUGCCUUCUCAAGCACACCUGCACCCUCAACAAACACUUUGGGUUUCGGGCAAACAGCUCCAUCUUUCUCUUCGGCUUUUACAAUGAAUCAGCCAUCUCAACAAGUUGGUUCAGGAGGGUUUGGUGCCUUUCCUAUGAUGCAGCCAUCCAAUGCAAACACUGGAAUCUUGGGUAAUAACUCUGCAAAUUUGUCUGCCCCUCAAAGCUCCCCCAUUCUUCAACCGGCACCUUCUAAUCCCUUCGGAACACUCCCUGCAUUGCCACAAAUGUCAAUUGGAAAUGGAGGAACCUCACCAUCAGUUCAAUAUGGAAUAUCUAGCAUGCCUGUACUAGACAAACCUGCUCCUGUUAGGAUAUCGUCGUUACUGACUACUCGACACUUAUCACAAAGGCGUAUCAGGCUGCCUACUCGAAAAUAUCAUCCAAAAACUGAUGGUGUAAAGGUUGCAUUUUUCAGUGAUGAUGAAGAAACCGUCAGCACACCAAAAGCAGAUGCUUUAUUUCUUCCAAGAGAUAACCCCAGAGCACUUGUUAUUCGUCCUGCUGAGCAGUGGCCCUUAAAGUCUAGUGCUGAGAAAUCAUUUGCAAGAAAGGAUACAUCCCCAGUACACGAGAAUGGGAAAUUAUCUGAGGAAGCUUAUCAGGCACCCAACUCCAACUUUGAGAACAAUAAUAAAGAUUCUGUGGAAAAUGGUCCUUCUGCUCCGGAGAAAGCCAAAGUGAAGAGCCUGAAACAGAAUGGAGUGCACGAUGAGCAUUCUACUCACAAGGGGGAUUCUUAUAAGACCCUUAGCGGGCACAGAGCUGGUGAGGCUGCUAUUGUGUACGAGCACGGUGCAGAUAUUGAGGCUCAAAUGCCAAAGCUCAGGCGCUCUGAUUACUACACCGAGCCACGAAUCCAAGAACUUGCUGCCAAGGAAAGGGCCGAACCAGGAUUCUGCUGCCGUGUCAAGGACUUUGUUGUUGGACGACACGGUUUCGGUAGCAUCAAAUUUUUGGGCGAAACAGAUGUGAGGCGGCUUGAUCUCGAGUCCUUAGUUCAGUUUAACAAUCGAGAAGUGAUUGUUUAUAUGGACGAGAGCAAGAAACCUCCUGUGGGUCAAGGUCUUAAUAAGCCUGCUGAGGUUACGCUCCUUAACAUCAAGUGCUUUGACAAAAAGACCGGGCGUCAAUAUACUGAAGGCCCAAGGAUUGAGAAAUACAAAGAGAUGCUGAAGAGGAAGGCGGAGGAUCAAGGCGCUGAGUUUCUUUCGUACGAUCCUAUAAAAGGAGAGUGGAAGUUUCGGGUGAGUCACUUCAGUGUAUACAAGUUGAUGGAGGAAGACGAAGAUGGCAUUUAUGUGCACGGUACCAACCUCUGAAUGUUAAUAGGCAGAGUCCGAGUUUGCUUUGCUUAGAUGUUUCGGAGAUUUCAGUCGGUGUGUUUUUUUGUGCUUGUGGAUUGAAAGUAUUGUGUUGGCUGAGGAUGGAUGAUUGCUUUAUAAUAUGUAUAGAAUUUACGGGUAUGGGUACCCGGUUCAGCCAUAGCAGUAGCAAUGUAUAGCAUUGUUUUGUUGUGUUUUUUGGUUUUUGGCCCAUUGUUUGGGUUGUUACUUGUUGUAGUAGGUGGUGGGAUUCAAUUUCAAGUUAAGGGCUCAUGAUGUUGUUAACCUGAAAGGAAAUGAAAUGAUGUUGUAUCUGUCAAAUUUUUGUUUGAAAUGUGUCCCACUAAUGUUAAAUUUGAUUAUUUUUACUUAUUAA